GUCUGAUUAUGAACUCGAAGUGCGCCCUGUAAAUAGAGGAGAAUACCUGACCAACCAUGACGGUUUUUUUGGGUUGAAUGCUAUGCUAAUCUUCCACUAAGAUUCCAUACUAGUGUUGCAACCUUUGAAUGUUAAAUAAACACAGCAAAAGAUGUUAAAUUUCCUAAGCACAAGAAUGCGCAGAAGUGCACAUCUCUCCAUCCCAUGUCUCAAAAGAUGAUGCCAAGGGAGGCAGAGAUGCAGGGUAAAGGAAGCAUUCAAACUCCCAUAAUUCUUUUCCCUUUAAUGGCUUUCUCUUCUUUUCUUUUCUUUAACUCCCCUCUUCUUUCUAGUUUUACGUGAUUCCCUUGUUAUUCGCGGGCCAAAGUGCACCAAGAAUCAAAGGCACAAAGAUAGCUCACCCUCGGUUUCAGCAUCCCCUCCAAACUUCACUAUAAAUACCCCUGCACAUACGCACCUUGCUGCAUCACCAUUUCCCUUAACUUCUCAUCUUGGUGCCAAGCAACACGACAGCCGAGCUUUCCUUAGGCAAGAUGAACAGGAAGCCAGGAGACUGGGACUGCAGAGCGUGCCAGCACCUCAACUUCAGCCGGCGUGACCUAUGCCAGCGCUGCGGUGAGCCGCGUGGUGCUGUUGAUCGUGGCAGUGCUGGAGGUGACUAUGCUAACUUCGGUGGCCGUGGCGGUUCCUCCUUUGGCGGUGGCUUUGCUGCUGGUUCUGAUGUCCGCCCAGGGGACUGGUACUGCUCCUGCGGCGCACACAACUUCGCCAGCCGCUCCAACUGCUUCAAGUGCUCUGCCUUCAAGGAUGAAGUUGCUGUCAACAGUGGCGCUGGCGGUUUUGAUGGUGACAUGUCGCGCUCACGGGGCUACGGCUUCGGCGGCGCUGCCCGUACUAACCGCCCUGGUUGGAAGUCUGGAGAUUGGAUUUGCACCAGGUCUGGAUGCAACGAGCACAACUUCGCUAGCAGGAUGGAAUGUUUCAGAUGCAACGCACCACGGGACUCCGGUAGCGCAACCGCCAUGACCUACGAAAAUUACUUGCACUGAGGUGUAGGAGCUGCUGCAUCUCAGAGAUCAUGAAGUUCGCGACGACGGCGAGCAGAAGCAGCAAGAAGAGCCCCCACAUAAGAGAUUAAGCAGUAGAAUGCGAAAGACAUCCGCGAUGCUAUUACUACUUUUGUUCCUUUCCCGUUUUUACAUUUGGUCCUCAUUCCCAUUUGGGACAGUGCCUCCGAUCUAUGUUUGCUGUUUUAUUUCCGUUCCUUUCGGCAUGCUUGUUUGCGCUUCGAGUCAUGUGAUCAUGUAACCCCAAAACGCUUGCUUCACAAGUAUCAGUUAACUAGUACUGUUGUUUCUUAAUA